UUCAUUACUGAACUCGUGCUGACUGAGUUUUUGAGAAUACAGAACCGCUUAAAGAAAAUGGCUGAAACCGCUCCAGCUGCUGCCGCCCCGCCGGCCAAAGCACCCAAGAAGAAAUCCGCUGCGAAAGCCAAGAAAACGGGACCGAGCGUGGGUGACCUCAUCGUCAAAGCUGUCUCGGCUUCCAAGGAGAGAAGCGGCGUCUCUCUCGCCGCCCUGAAGAAAGCGCUCGCCGCCGGUGGUUACGACGUGGAGAAGAAAAACGCUCGCGUCAAGAUCGCCAUCAAGAACCUCGUUACUAAAGGCACCCUGGUCCAGACCAAAGGGACCGGCGCUUCCGGGUCUUUCAAACUGAACAAACAGCAAGCAGAGACCAAGAAGAAACCAGCGAAGAAAGCCGCUCCUAAAGCAAAGAAGCCCGCAGCCAAGAAACCCGCCGCUGCCAAGAAGCCCAAGACUGCAGCGACAAAGAAGACCGCCGCUAAGAAAUCACCCAAGAAAGCGAAGAAACCAGCCGUCACCGCCGCUAAAAAGGCAACAAAGAGCCCCAAGAAAGCAAAGAAGCCAGCAACUCCUAAGAAAGCAGCGAAGAGCCCCAAAAAAGCAAAGGCUGCUAAACCCAAGACGACAAAGCCCAAAGCAGCCAAGCCUAAAAAGGCAGCACCUAAAAAGAAGUAAAGCCUCUUUACAAAAUUAUUUUACUAAAAAGGCUCUUUUAAGAGCCACCCACCAAUUCAUGAAGGAGCAGUAUUUCACUGUUAUUUUUUGUAAUUAUAAUUUAUAUUUUAGAUUACUACGAAAUAUGUGAUUUAAUUGUACUAUAUUUUAUUAUUACAUCAGUAUUUUGUGACCUUUUUCUGAUUCUGUAAGUUCCCUAUGAAUUUUAAUCAAAUGUAUUUUCUAAUGCACUGUAAGUUGUCUUAGACAAAGCGUCUGCCAAGUAUAUUUGAACCUUUUGAUGCACAAGUUAUGCAAACCCCUUUUAAUGCACAACAUAGGUCAAAAAUGACCCAUAUUCAUUUUCUAUGGUAUUUUAUGCAUGGCUGGGUAUUUCCAUGCUUUUUCUUAGAAAAUCAGUUUAUUUCAGCAUUUUAUAUUCCAUAAUCCAUGAAUGUUCAAAAUAUCUUUGCUUUAAAGACCACAAAUUAUUACACGU